AUGGUCCAUUCGCAUUCACUCCUUCUACCGCUGUUCGGCACGGCCGCAAGUGCGGCAAACUUGUGGGCGACGCACUACUCCGGCACCAUCAACUACCUGUCGUUCAACAGCAAUGCCUUGACUCUCAGUAGUUCGGCUUCUACUGGCAACAAGCUCCCUAGUUGGAUUACGUACGACAGUGCUGGAAAGGCGCUCUAUAUUCCAGAUGAGGUCUUCCAGGGCCAAGGAGGCGGAAACUUGGUGUCCUUCUCCACGGGUGCGAACGGCAACGUGACCUCAAUCGGAAAGGGCUCUACACCUCAAGGUGUGUUGACAACCUUCAAGCUGCCAUUGAAUGGCGGACAGCCGCUUCAGACAAUCAAGUACACUGGUAAAAGCGUCAACCCUUACCGACAAGAAGCUCCUCAUCCGCAUCAUGCUUUUGUGGACCCGUCUGGCGACUUCUUGAUCGUACCUGAUCUCGGAACCGAUAAGAUCAGAAUCAACAAGAUUGACCAGACAACUGGCAAUCUCACAGAAUGCGGUGCUGCUUUGCCGCCACCUGGAACAGGACCAAGGCACGGUGCCUUCUGGGCGCCGGCAGGAGCGAACUCGCGCGUUCGCCGAGCUGCAGACGGCACAGUCCUCUUCAUCGCCAACGAGCUCUCCAACAGCGUAUCGGCAUGGGCGGUGUCAUACCCAGCGUCAGGAGGCUGCAUGUCUCUGACCCUGAAGCAGACGCUCACACCGUACCAAGGCAACGCCACCGCCGUCUCUGGUACCAAGGUCGGCGAGAUCAAGGUCAAGGGAAACUUCGUCUACACCAGCAACCGAAACGACAAGAAGUUCAGGCCCAACGACUCAAUCACCCAAUUCAGCAUCUCUCCUAACGGAAGCCUGACAUGGACUGCCCUCACAUCGUCCUACGGCACAUACCCGCGUACUUUCGAUAUCAACAAGGCCGGUGACUUCGUCGCUAUUGGUGAUCAAACCACUUCGAACGUAGCUAUCGUACCAAGAGAUCCGGCGACUGGCAAGUUGGGAGAGCGCGUUGCGGACCUCAGGAUCGGGGCUGCCGGUAUUCCGGAGAACGAGGACGGUCUCAGCGCGGUUGUCUGGGCCGAGUAG